CGCCUUCUUAUAAGGAGAGCGGCGCUGGUCUCGGCAGCGGACUAGUGAGUAGUUAUGUUCGGCGAGGACUAGAGUGCGCUCUGGAGACGGACCCUGCCAUAAGCCGCAGUGAUUGUUAUUUUCCGGGACUGUUUGUGGACUACAAGCCGCCCGCGUGGAGCUAUUCUUCAGCGCACUUGUGGAUUUACUCUGAUUGCUCCCUGCCCUCUAGCGCCUCCUUCUGCUAGGAGUCGCGCAUCACAGCCACUUGCUGCCCGGGAUCGUCCACGAUGAGGAGUGCGGGGCGCCUGCUGGGUGCGCUCAGCCUGCUGCUGCUCGGGGUCGCCCUCCCUCCCGGCUCAGCCGCCCAGCCGUACAAUGGAGAGAAGGGCAUCUCUGCCCCUGACCACGGCUUCUGCCAGCCCAUCUCCAUCCCCCUGUGCACGGACAUUGCCUACAACCAGACCAUCAUGCCCAAUCUGCUGGGCCACACCAACCAGGAGGACGCCGGGCUGGAGGUGCACCAGUUCUACCCGCUGGUGAAGGUGCAGUGCUCGCCGGAGCUGCGCUUCUUCCUGUGCUCCAUGUACGCCCCGGUGUGCACGGUGCUGGAGAACGCCAUCCCGCCGUGCCGCUCGCUGUGUGAACGGGCUCGACAAGGCUGCGAGGCCCUGAUGAACAAGUUCGGCUUCCAGUGGCCGGAGAGGCUGCGCUGCGAGAACUUCCCGGUGCACGGGGCGGGCGAGAUCUGCGUGGGGCAGAACACCUCGGACUCUCCGGCCGGCCCCACCGCCAACCCCACCCCGUACCUGCCGGACAUGAUCACCUUCCAGCCGCACAGCCCGCACCGGGACUUCUCCUGCCCCCGCCAGCUGAAGGUGCCCCCGUACCUGGGCUACCGCUUCCUGGGCGAGAAGGACUGCGGCGCCCCCUGCGAGCCCAGCAAAGCCAACGGCCUGAUGUACUUCAAGGAGGAGGAGGUGCGCUUCGCCCGGCUGUGGGUGGGCAUCUGGGCCAUCCUGUGCGCCAUCUCUACCCUCUUCACCGUGCUCACCUACCUGGUGGACAUGCGGCGCUUCAGCUACCCGGAGCGGCCCAUCAUCUUCCUGUCCGGCUGCUACUUCAUGGUGGCGGUGGCUUAUGCCGCGGGCUUCCUGCUGGAGGAACGCGCCGUGUGCCUGGAGCGCUUCUCGGAGGACACUUACCGCACGGUGGCGCAGGGCACCAAGAAGGAGGGCUGCACCAUCCUUUUCAUGAUCCUCUACUUCUUUGGCAUGGCCAGCUCCAUCUGGUGGGUCAUCCUGUCCCUCACCUGGUUCCUGGCCGCUGGCAUGAAAUGGGGCCAUGAAGCCAUCGAAGCCAACUCUCAGUACUUCCACCUGGCAGCCUGGGCUGUGCCUGCAGUCAAGACCAUCACCAUCCUGGCCAUGGGCAAGGUGGACGGCGACCUCCUGAGCGGCGUGUGCUACGUGGGCACCAGCAGCGUGCAGUCCCUCCGCGGCUUUGUUUUGGCACCGCUCUUCGUCUACCUGUUCAUCGGCACCUCCUUCCUGCUGGCCGGCUUUGUGUCCCUCUUCCGCAUCCGCACCAUCAUGAAGCACGACGGCACCAAGACCGAGAAGCUGGAGAAGUUGAUGGUACGCAUCGGGGUGUUCAGCGUGCUCUACACUGUGCCCGCCACUAUCGUGCUGGCCUGCUACUUCUACGAGCAGGCGUUCCGGGAGACGUGGGAGAAGACGUGGCUCAUGCAGACGUGUAAGAGCUUCGCCAUCCCUUGUCCCAACCAGCACUUCUCCCCCAUGAGCCCAGACUUCACCGUCUUCAUGAUCAAGUACCUGAUGACCAUGAUUGUGGGGAUCACCUCCAGCUUCUGGAUCUGGUCCGGGAAGACCCUGCAGUCCUGGCGCAAGUUCUACCAUAAACUCAGCAAUGGCGGAGGCAAAGGGGAGACAGCGGUAUGAGGACCCCCCCUCCAUGUGCAUCCAUGACUGCCUCUGACUGUUGACCUGAUGGCCUCCAGGUCUUCACCCCAUGUGGAUGGUGCUGGACUAUUAUAAGUUAUAAUAACUUGAUUGCAGCUGGACUAUGCACAGCUGGACUAUGCACAUUGUUCUACCCUGUGAUGACCUGCAGGGACACAGAACCUACCUACCUUGCUGUGCAGCUUACUGUCUAUUGCUCCCUGUUAUCAUCUGUUUCAGGAUUGACUAAUGUUGUGAGAAGGUCCCCCCCCCCCCCAGGAUCACUACAUCUAUGGUUGAUACAACAGCUUGAGACUUUUUAGCCCUCCUGCCCAUAACUGUAUGUGUCUGUUGCAUCAUUUUUUUUGUGUGGACCUAUUGACUUCAGUGGGUCUGUGGUCCAAGUAUAGGACCUGUUUUAUCUUUUUGUGUAAUGGACAUAUGGAUGCAGAAAGCCCACGGGUCGUCCUUGUGUUUUCUGCAUUCAUAUGUCCACUAUGAAAAAGGUACAAUAUGUGGACCAUGAACCUACGGUUCUGCGAAGAAAUGGGGACAGCACAAGGACUGAAUCUGUAUUUUGUGGAUCUGUAACUUGCAGACCGCAAAACGGAUACGAUCGUGUGCACGAGGUCUUAUCGUUCCUUUGUGGAGUUGGUUGUUAGAUGCCUUUGCAUGCAGCAGUAGUCUGCAACUUGUGGCUCUCCCAGUGGUAAUGACAACUCCCAGCAUGGCCUGCGGUUGCCGGAGCACGCUGGGAGCUGUAGUUGACUAGGGCCCCAGGUUGCAGAGCACAGCUGUGCACCGCUUGUACUGGAGACAUGCAUUUGCUCAGCUGGUGGAGGGGAGGCCAUGUUUACCCAGCAGAUCAGGCCUUGUGGCCCCCAGUAUCCCGGCUAAUUAAAGUUCCAGUGAGUGGAGUGUCACCUCCCCCCCGCAGCUGGGCAAACAGCACCUUUUGGUGGCGCCUCUCCUACUGUGAUGUCCUGUAUUGGUAUCUUGUCUCCAUUAUCUGUUUGCUUUUAAUUUGGGGAAGGGGAAUUUUAAGUGCAAGAGCCGCAGGUUCCUUUUUUUUUUUUUUUUUUAAUUCCUCUUGCCCAUGCAUUUUAAUAGGUUCAUUAGCUAGCUAGUAUUAACCCUUGUUGGGUAAGCAAGUGUUUUAGCAGAUCAGGAGGGAAAUGGUUAAAAGGUCUUGCAUCUGGGCCAGCAACACAUUCCUCUCGCAGGGCUCUGCUAUCUUCUCCAGCUGCAAAUGAGGUUAAAACAUUUCCUUUGUAGACCAGUGCCAAAUGGCCUGGAUUCCUCUGCCACCCAUAAGGGGGGGGGGGGGGCUAAGAGUCUUGCGAUAUUCGGGAUUGUAAAGUGUUCUGCCUUUUUAAAUGGUCUUCCAGCACUAACAAAGCGAUGGUGAACACUUCACCUUUUUUAUGUGUCGCCGCAGAGAUUAAAGGUGAAGCAGGUCUCCCCUUGUGUAGACCGUCUGGAUCCUGCUACGUCCACUGGUCACACACACUUCUUCUAGGGAAGGAUUUAGAACAAACGGCUUAGGCGGCUUUUUGUUAUUUUCCUGUAUAUUCUCAUUUCUCACCCAGAUGAAAUGUCCGUUUAUUUUUCUACGCCCAGGAAAUAGAACCAAUGCUGCAUAACGUGUAUUUUGACAGUCAGAUACUUAUUUUCGAGGUGAAUUUUGUAAUGUGCAUGUCGCGCUAUGGACAGAUGAAGACAUUGUUAUAUAUUUUUUUUUUGUAAAUAACUACUUUUGUUUUUUUUGUACGAAGAUAUAUAUGUAUUUAUACAUUUCUACGCCUCACUCUUAUCUCAUGUACAGAACACUAAAUAAAACCUACUUUUUAGGUAA